AUCUACUCUCACAUGAUUGGGCUCAGAACCGAAAGAGUGGCCAAUUGGGCAAAGUGCCAUGCACACCUUCCGUUCCGAACUUUCACUCAUCACAAACCCCCUGCCCUCAUUACCCAAGGAUGAAAGUCGUCGGUCUUACAGGAGGAAUCGCUUCAGGCAAAUCCACGGUCGUUUCUACGAUCCUGACGCUCGGUGUCCCGGUCAUUGACUGCGACAAACUGGCCCGAAUUGUGGUCGAGCCAACACACCCGGCCUACAAGAAGCUUGUUGCCCACUUUGGCACAGGAAUCCUUCAGAACCAGGAAAUGGGACAGCCAUUGGACCGGUAUAAGUUUGGGACGAUCAUCUUUCCGGAUGCAGCGCAGAGACGGGUUGCGAACUCGAUUAUUCAUCCAGCUGUGAGGGAUGAGAUUUUAAAGAGGUUGUUCAAGUACUGGAUCAAAGGCACUUCGUUGGUCGUAAUUGAUGUCCCGCUAUUGCUGGAGGGAGAGCUCUGGAGGAUUGUUAGUGAUGUCAUUGUCGUCUACUGUUCACCCGAGAUGCAGCUGGCAAGGAUCCAAUCCCGCGAUGGACUCUCAGAAGAAGACGCUCUCGCCCGUAUCAACGCUCAGAAACCUUUGAUCGAAAAAGUCGCCUAUGCAGAUCAUGUCAUCAACAACACCUCGGACCUAAACUCUCUGAAGCUAUCGACCCUCAAUGUCAUGGCAGCGAUCAAACCCAACCCCUUCUGGACAGUUCUCGCCUACUUUCCUCCAUUCACUGCAGUCCUUGUGGCCUGGGUCGUCGCCAAGAGACAUCUCAAAGGCGAUCCUCGAAAGACUAAACCAGCGAGUAAGGAUUCAUCUUCCGGAUCAAAUCCACCAGCACAUGCAUCCUAAGAAUCAAUCUGUAUGAUACCAGAAAGCCGCUGUAAUAAACAUUAUCGUACUUUUGAUU